AAACAUUUCCCAUUCACACAGUCUCUGAAACAAAGCAGAGUCUCUCAUCUCCGACCAAAUUCCUCCGUCAAAACCAAAUCAAACGGAGCAAGUUACAACAAACGCCGUCAAUGUCUUACCGUUCUCUAUUUCUCUCUCUCAUCAAACGAAGAAACAGUGGUUUAAUCAAUAACAGUUAUCACCAUCAUCGCUCAGCAAGAUUUUUUUCUUCAGAUGCUGUGAGCAGUGAUUAUGUAGAAGAAACUCCGAACUCUGCGGAGGGUGAUGAUGAUGAUCUAAGAAGCAGAAUCUUGAGACUGAGACUUCCCAAACGAAGUGCUACUAAUGUUCUUCAGAAAUGGGUUCUUCAAGGGAAUUCUAUUCCUGUUUCUCAGCUUCGUGAUAUUUCUAAAGAACUUAGAGAUUCUCAGCGUUAUAAACACGCUUUAGAGCUAUCGGAAUGGAUGGUUAGUCAUGAAGAAUACAAGUUAUCAGACUCUGAUUAUGCAGACCGCAUAGAUUUGAUGAACAAGGUUUUUGGCAUUGAUGCUGCAGAGCGCUACUUUGAGGCUUUACCACUUUCCGCAAAGACAUGCGAGACUUACACAGCCCUCCUCCAUUGUUAUGCAGGAGCAAAAAUGACUGAAAAGGCUGAGGAACUAUAUGAAAGGAUAAAAGAUUCAAACCUCCCCUUUGAUGCCCUUACUUACAAUGAAAUGAUGACUCUUUACAUGUCAGUCGGGCAGGUCGAAAAGGUCCCAUCGGUUAUCGAAGACCUCAAACAACAAAAGGUUACCCCUGAUAUCUUUACUUUUAAUCUAUGGAUAAGUUCAUGUGCUGCUUCUCUUGAUAUUGAUGAAGUUAGAAGGAUUCUUGAAGAAAUGCGCAAUAGUGCUGAUUCUGAUGAAAGUUGGAUUAGAUACUUGAACCUGGCCAACGUAUAUUUUACCGCGGGUCAUCUUGAUAGAGCAAGUUCCAACUCACUAGUCGAGACUGAGAAAAAGAUCACGCAAAGUCAAUGGAUAACAUAUGACUUAUUGAUCAUUCUUUAUGGUGGGUUGGGAAAUAAGGAUAAACUUGAUAUGAUAUGGAAUUCAUUGAGAAGGACUAAACAGAAAAUGAUUAGCAGGAAUUAUAUCUGCAUCAUAUCUGCAUAUCUCAUUCUUGAUCAUGCAAAAGAAGCUGGUGAAGUUAUUGAUCAAUGGAAACAAGCGACAACACCAGAUUUUGAUACGCUUGCUUGUAAAAGAAUUAUGGAUGCUUUUACAGGCCUUGGAUUGGAUGAAGCAGCCAACAACUUGAAUAUGAUUCUCACUGAGAAGAACCUCAAUCCAGAAAAUAACUAACUAGGAGUUUAUUCAGUCAUGUAUCUGAUUUAGCGUAUACAAAUUUAAGAUCAACUACAUUGCAACCUUCAGCAGGAAAUUGUGCAAUUCGCUAAUACAUCCCGAAUGAAUAACCUGCAAUGUAAGAUUCUAUUGCUUUUGUGGCUGUGUUCUCCAUUUCUUAUAACUUCCCUUUAUGCUUCACAGCCUUCACUUGGCUAACAUCUUUGCUAUUAUCAGAACGAUCAAUUUUUUUAUGAUCGCAUUUGUUUUUUUAUAGGCAAAUGUUUUGUUUUCUUAUAGACGAUUGUCAGUAAGUUAGUGGUUUUAGUUUUUAGCGUUCAAAUCAAGAAACUGUUAAAUGUUACGAUAAAAA